GGCUUUCUCUGUGGUCCGACGCUGUGUCAAGCUCUGCACCGGCCAUGAGUAUGCAGCCAAGAUCAUCAACACCAAGAAGCUGUCGGCCAGAGAUCACCAGAAGCUGGAGAGAGAGGCUCGGAUCUGCCGCCUUCUGAAACACUCCAACAUUGUGCGUCUCCAUGACAGCAUCUCCGAGGAGGGCUUCCACUACCUGGUCUUCGAUCUGGUUACUGGUGGGGAGCUCUUUGAAGACAUCGUGGCCAGAGAGUACUACAGUGAGGCUGAUGCCAGUCACUGCAUCCAGCAGAUCCUGGAGGCCGUUCUCCAUUGUCACCAAAUGGGGGUCGUCCACAGAGAUCUCAAGCCGGAGAACCUGCUCCUGGCCAGCAAGUGCAAGGGUGCUGCGGUGAAGCUGGCAGACUUUGGCCUGGCUAUCGAGGUGCAGGGGGACCAGCAGGCAUGGUUUGGGUUCGCAGGCACACCGGGCUACCUGUCCCCUGAGGUUCUUCGCAAAGAGGCCUAUGGCAAGCCCGUGGACAUCUGGGCAUGUGGGGUGAUCCUGUACAUCCUGCUGGUGGGGUACCCGCCCUUCUGGGACGAGGACCAGCAUAAGCUGUAUCAGCAGAUUAAGGCUGGAGCCUAUGACUUCCCAUCCCCUGAGUGGGACACUGUCACUCCUGAAGCCAAAAACCUCAUCAACCAGAUGUUGACCAUCAACCCUGCCAAGCGCAUCACGGCCCACGAGGCCCUGAAGCACCCGUGGGUCUGCCAACGUUCCACGGUGGCCUCCAUGAUGCACAGACAGGAGACAGUGGAGUGUCUGAAAAAGUUCAAUGCCAGGAGGAAGCUCAAGGGGGCCAUCCUCACCACCAUGCUGGCCACACGGAAUUUCUCAGCCAAGAGUUUGCUCAACAAGAAAGCAGACGGAGUCAAGCCCCAGACGAAUAGCACCAAAAACAGUGCGGCAGUCACCAGCCCCAAAGGGACGCUUCCUCCUGCCGCCCUGGAGCCUCAAACCACCGUUAUCCAUAACCCCGUGGACGGGAUUAAGGAGUCUUCCGACAGCACCAACACCACCAUAGAGGACGAAGACGCUAAAGCCCGGAAGCAGGAGAUCAUCAAGACCACGGAGCAGCUCAUUGAGGCAGUCAACAACGGCGACUUUGAGGCCUACGCGAAAAUCUGCGACCCAGGCCUGACCUCAUUUGAGCCUGAAGCUCUGGGCAACCUGGUGGAAGGGAUGGACUUCCACAGGUUCUACUUCGAGAACCUGCUGGCCAAGAACAGCAAGCCAAUCCACACGACCAUCCUGAACCCCCACGUGCACGUCAUCGGCGAGGACGCGGCCUGCAUCGCCUACAUCCGGCUCACACAGUACAUUGACGGGCAGGGCCGGCCCCGCACCAGCCAGUCCGAAGAGACCCGCGUGUGGCACCGCCGUGACGGCAAGUGGCAGAAUGUGCACUUCCACUGCUCGGGUGCACCCGUGGCCCCGCUGCAGUGAAGAGCUGCGGCCUGGUUUCAUGGAUGGAGUUGGCGUUUGGAGCCCGGUCGCCCUGGGGCGCACGGCCCACCUGUCGCAUGUUUGUGUCUGCCUCGUCCCCUCCCCUGGUGCCUGUGUCUGCAGAAAAACAAGACCAGAUGUGAUUUGUUUUUAAAAACAAGAUGACGACGACAACCACAAAAAAAAUUGACAUCGGAUGAAAUGGAAAAAAAAAAAAAAAACUAAAGAAAGGAAAAAGCUAUAAAAAUCAUUGGCAUUUGUGGGGCCGCCCCACCCAAGCUCCACGUGUGUCCGUCUACACUCCCAGCCUCAGGGGCCCAGCUGGGGCAUGAUGGUGUCCUCCAGGCCUGUCCUGCGUGCUGGGCGGUGUUAGUUUGUAGGUAACGCACACCCCAACCUCAGGCGUCUGCAUCUUCCCGCCAACGCAUGGGCUCCAUGUGGUGCGCUCGCCGUGGCUGUCGUGACAUCAGGUGUCUUGGGAGGACUCUGGGGCUGUCGGGCUGCCUCCCCUCCUGCUAGCCGUGCCUGAGCGUUGCUGUUGUUCCUGCUUCCUCCUUCCUUCCAUCCCCGUGAAGGGCUGGGUGUGGGCUCCCCCACUCCCAAUGUCCCCGUGCACCCCACAGAGAUGGCCUGCAGCAGAGCCCAGGCCAGCCCCUCGCCUCGGCCGGAGGAGAUGGGGGCACUGCCCCUCAGGCCGUCAGAGAAGCCCAUGGGCUCAGGCCUCCAGCUCUGGUCUUUCUGGGGGAGCAAGGUGCAGAGAGGGUCAUGCCUGGCAGGAGACGGCUGAGGACGCCGUGGCUGCAGCUCUGACACAACCACCAUGGAGGGGGACUGGCCUCCCUGCUAUUGGAGGCUCCUGUCCCUUCUCUGCUGGCCAGUGGCAGAUGUGGCAGCUCCAAACCCUGUUUUUCCCCCACCUCCACCCGGCAGCCCUCCCCUUGGCCUGUAUGGCCUCUCCCCAUGCAGCUGGGAGCAGACUUCACAAAAGACUGUGGGCCCCGAGUCCCUAAGUCCCCACUGAAGCUGAGGGAAGUUUGCCUGCUGCUGGAGUUCAGGGAAGCGGGGGCUCGGGGCUUGGUCAGGUGAUGCAGCAAGUGCCAGAGAGGGGUCAGAGGUGGUGGCUGCCGGGCUCCUGGGCUGAGGUGGGGGUACUGGCAGGUGUUUGCUGAGGAAAAGUGCUUUGGAGUCUGGGCCUAGAGCGAGAGCCACAGUGGAGUCUGCCCCACGGGGCCAUGGGGGCGUGGGGAGACAGGGCUGCCCGAGCUCGCCCAAGCCCACUCCCCGCCCUAGGUCUUGGCGGGGCUACAGUGUAUGAUGGUGCCUUCCAGGUGGCCCAGGGGCACAGCUGAGGAGGGAAGGCAGGCUGGGGGCCCAGGACACCAGAGGAUGGAAGGAAGGUCCUGCGGGGACAGUGGUGCUGCCUCUAGGCGCUGGCCUCAGGCUCCCACAGUUGAGGGUGCCGUCAGGAGCCUUGACUGCAGAGGCUGGGGGCUCCCAGCCUGAGGCCUGCCCACCUUCAAUUCAUGUUGUUUUCAAUAAGGAUUUUCUUUAUCUUCCCCCAAAAAUCAAGCCAAGGGAGGGGCAGGGAGUGGAGAGCAGGACACAGGAUCCUAAACUCUGAGGGGACUGUCCACCAAUGGACACUCAGAGUGGACGCUACCUUCCGUCCACACCGUGCCCAGGACAGCUGUCCCCACCCAUGGACACAGGGUAACAUCGCCAGGCUCUGUGCCAUGGACAGCGUGCAGCCUGCGGUGGCCACCCUGGCGUCCUGGGCCUCCUCCCGCCUCUUCUGCUCACCUUGUUAUCUCCACGGAGCUGCCUAUCUGGGAUAAUUUGGGAAUUUUUUUUCUGGGGGAUAAUUCUUUUGCAUGACCCCUCAAGAGUAAGCCACGCCCACUCUGCUAGCUAGGUGUACGCAGUGUGGUGGCAUCCGCCACCUGGCCAGCACCACAGGGCGUCGGCUGCCCACAGUGCUGGCCGGCCUUCCCUCUUCUCUCUUUUUGCUGAGUUUCAUUGUCUUUUCUUUCUGAGCCUUGUAAGUGUACAAAAAUUAUUAUUUU